AGGCCCUUAUCGUCGCAUGUAUUGUGCGUAAACUUCUCUACUUUGCAGGCCGGCUGCAGAUUCAUAAACACAAAAAACCAUGCCUGAACUCAGCGCACAGGAUUCUUCCAAGCGGGAGCCCAAAGUCGAAGACAAAGUGACUGUCGAGGACGGUGAUGACACCGACUCCGGUAGCGACGACUCGGUGCCAGAACUAGACGAUGACAUUGGAAAGGCGACAGGACAAAGCCAGAUUGCACAAGCUGCGGGCAUCACCGAGGAGCUGGUCAGCAAAGCCAAGCAGAGUCGGAGUGAGAAGAAGGCGCGCAAGCUGAUGUCCAAACUGGGACUUAAGCAGGUGCAGGGUGUCUGCCGGGUGACCAUCCGAAAGUCCAAAAACAUCCUCUUCGUCAUCACCAAGCCAGAUGUGUACAAGAGCCCGGCGUCAGACACCUACAUCGUAUUCGGAGAGGCCAAGAUUGAGGACCUCAGUCAACAAGCCCAGAUGGCAGCGGCCGAGAAGUUCAAGGCACCUGACGUCGGCGCAGCGAUGGGUGAGCCAGCACAGGCCGCAGUGUCUCAACCUAUCGAAGAGGAGUCUGAAGAAGAUGAAGAGGUGGACGAGGCAGGAGUGGAGGCUAAGGAUAUCGAACUCGUCAUGUCUCAAGCCAACGUCUCUCGUGUCAAAGCAGUCAGGGCACUCAAGAACAACAACAACGAUAUCGUCAAUGCAAUUAUGGAACUCACGAUGUAGCAGCAAUGUGCCCAAGACUCAAAGCAUCCAAUCGUGGCUCUCCGAAAAAGCUUUUUUUUUUUUUACCCCCUCCUGCCUCGUGUAAAAAAAAAGAAUCGAGUGAAUGUGGGAGACUGCUCAAUCGUGCCCUGCUGGAGUCUCCUACCCAUUCGCAGUGUUGUGAACAGUUGACAAUAAAUUGUUAAGCCCAUUG